AUGUCGUGCACAAGCCAGCGUUCGUUCAGCGUGUUUGUGGAGUCGAUUUAUCCGAAAGCGUUCGAUGUGAUGCAGCGCGCUUUACGCGAGCACGGCGAUGAAGAAGAGAUCGUCUCCUCCAUUAUGAAAUUCUUGGCGUCCCUCGUUUUGAAUCAAGAAUCCAGAAUCGAUUAUUGCAACGAUAUCGCCAAUGGUGUUACAUUGUUCCGCGAAACUGCACGCGUUUUGAUCGUCUACGGAAAUCUACUGCUCAACAACUUUAAAACUUUCGACCAAUGUCCCGCGUACGUCUACAAGGGAAUCUGCCAGCUCUUCCACGUGAUGGUCCGCCUGCUGAAGGGGAAGUACGUUCCGUUCGGCGUGUUUCCACUUUACGACGAUUCCAGUUUUAAAGACAUUUUGGAGAUGUACCUCAAAAUCGUGAUCCGCACGCCCUUCAAGUCCCUCUCGGAAUGGCCGAAAUACGAGCGAGCGGUGUUUGUGUUCCUGGAGAUUUUGUUCGCGGAACACAUCGAUACGGUGUGUGCGAUCGACUCGCAGGCGUUCAUUACGAUCAUGGACAGCGUGUGCAACGGCGUGUCCAGCUUCAGUCCCGAGGUGGUCAUCGCGUGCUCGCGGAUCCUCACGCGCGUGGCGAGCUAUCUGUAUCUGAACCAAUACAAAAACACGCCCACCGUCGCGAAUAUUAAGCGGAUCAUCGUCGCGCAGCCCAAUUUUUGGAGCGUCGUUUUGACGUCCGUGCUGAAUGCGUUCAUUUUUGGAGCCGCGUCCACCUUGUGGGAGCUCUCCAAACCCAUCUAUGCAGUGUGUUUGGUCGACCAGCAGGCGUUUGGGCAGUAUAUUAAGGCGGUGAGCGAGAAUCAGGACUCGAUUGUGCAGAUGCAGCUGAUGGAGGAUUCGAAUAAUCUGAUGAGUUCGUUGGAUUAUGCGAUGAGCAAGCAGAGCAUGGAUAAGUUUAGCAAGAUGGCUGUAGCAUGGAGAAGACAGUAUUUGUCGUAUAUGAAGUUGUGA